UCUCUCUACACCAACUUUUCAGAUAACAUUGGAAAUCAUAGGGGUCUUGUAUUUAUUUAUUUAUUAAUUCUGCAUGUUUAAUUUAUAUCAUCAAGUCACGCCAGUCGCCCACAAGGCGACAAAUCAUAAGGAUUUACCUCUUGUAUUCUGUUUCUCCCAUCAACCAUGGUGCCUGUUGGCAGUAGGGUUGGAAUUGCAAUUUGAAUCAUGUCCCCGGUUUUGGAAAACUGUGGAGUCUGGAUAUCAAGAUUUUAUUUUGUAGUAAUUCAAUCCCAAACUGGAAUUGGACUCGUUUGAUUCGUGUAGGAUUGGCCAUUGCCUGUACAUGUUAUUAGGAUCAACUCCCUUUUGUCUUGAUUCUACAUCUGAUAUAAUGAGUGUGCCUUGUUGGUUUAUGGUAUGGUGGACAGAGCAAUUCAGAAUGACUUCUGAAAGUGCAGAUGACAACUGCUUAGCAUGGGCGGCAAGAGAUCCAUCUGGCCUUCUAUCACCUUUCAAAUUCAGCCGCAGGGCUCUUGGAAGUGAUGAUGUUUCAUUGAAUAUCACACACUGUGGGGUUUGUUAUGCUGAUGUAAUCUGGGCUAGGAAUAAACUCGGAGACUCUAAGUAUCCUGUGGUACCUGGACAUGAGAUUGCUGGAAUUGUAAAAGAGGUUGGCUCAAAUGUUCGUCGCUUCAAAGUUGGUGACCAUGUUGGAGUGGGAACCUAUGUCAACUCAUGCAGGGAUUGUGAGUACUGCAAUGAUGGACUUGAAGUUCAUUGUGCGAGGGGGUCGGUGUUCACUUUUAAUGGUGUUGAUGUUGAUGGUACGGUCACCAAAGGAGGUUAUUCCAGUCACAUUGUUGUUCAUGAAAGGUACUGCUUCAAGAUACCUGACAACUACCCAUUAGCUUCAGCAGCACCUUUGCUAUGUGCUGGAAUUACUGUUUACACUCCCAUGAUGCGCCACAAGAUGAACCAACCUGGUAAAUCCCUCGGGGUGAUUGGGCUAGGUGGUCUUGGUCACUUAGCUGUGAAGUUUGGCAAGGCUUUUGGAUUGCGUGUCACUGUUUUCAGCACAAGCAUAUCCAAGAAAGAAGAAGCUCUGAAUCUGCUUGGAGCAGACAAAUUUGUGGUCUCAUCAGACGAACAGCAGAUGAUGGCUCUUUCUAGAUCACUCGACUUUAUAAUUGAUACUGCAUCAGGUGAUCACCCAUUCGAUCCAUACUUGUCUCUGUUAAAGACUGCCGGAGUCCUAGUUCUGGUGGGGUUCCCAAGUGAAGUGAAAUUCAGUCCUGGAAGCAUUGUCAUGGGUAUGAGAACUGUUUCUGGUAGCGCUACAGGUGGUACAAAAGAUACACAAGAAAUGCUUGACUUUUGUGCCGCACAUGGAAUUCACCCAGAGAUCGAAGUAAUUCCAAUUCAGUAUGCAAAUGAAGCCUUUGAAAGGCUAAUAAAGAAGGACGUGAAGUACCGUUUUGUGAUUGAUAUUGAAAACUCUCUGAAGUGAUCCAUAGAGGCAGAAGAGGACGUUCUUUUCUCAGACUACAUGUUGUUGGCUGGAAGCAGAUAAAAAUUGGCAAUCCUUUAUAGAUGCACAGUAGAUGUUUAAUCUUAUGGGAUCGAACCUUUGUGUUAUGUCAGUGAAGAAAUUACUUUCCAUGUACAUAUACUUCUGUUGGUAUCUAUUUUGGAUGAUGUUCUUCCACAAAGGAACUCACAUGAAGAGUUUUAGAAUCUGCACUGGAAUAAUUGCAUAGACACUUCUAUUUGAUAACAAUGUGAGUGUUGCCU